AUGGCUUCUGAACUUCGGACGAAAAGCUCUUUAGAAAAGCACAACAAACCCCUCUCAGGCCAAUCUGUAGAAGGAAAUUCUUGGAGGUCCACGAAAGAAUUACCCAAAAAUCUCGACAAAUCUGCCCCGAAGAAACCCGCAGUCGAACUAACGAAAUCCCUUAGCUCCUCAGCAGGCAAACCAGACCCCAAAUUAAUACCGGCUAACCCGAGGGAAACGAAGUCAAGCAUUGACCAAACCACCGGUCUAGAAAAAAAAGCAGUGGAGAACUUCAAGGACAGCUCGGCAUCUGCAAAGACGAGCGGUAGCGCGAAGAUCAGUGAGAGGCUCGAAUUCGUCGAGAGCGGGAAAAGCAGUCUUUGCAGAGGCAGCACGAGCACUGACAUUAGUGACGAGAGCUCGUGCAGCAGCUUGAGCAGUGCGGUCAACAAGCCCCACAAGGCCAACGACCUGAGAUGGGAGGCUAUCCAGGCUGUUCGAUCGAAAGAUGGGGUUUUAGAUCUGAGGCAUUUCAGGCUGCUGAAAAAAUUGGGGUGUGGGGACAUUGGGAGCGUGUAUCUCUCGGAGUUGUGUGGCACAAAGUGUUAUUUUGCGAUGAAGGUAAUGGAUAAGGCGUCCCUCGCCGGUCGGAAAAAGCUCCUGCGUGCCCAGACGGAAAGGGAAAUACUGCAGUCCCUGGAUCAUCCGUUCCUCCCGAGUUUGUACACGCAUUUCGAGACGGAGAAGUUCUCGUGUCUGGUGAUGGAGUUCUGUCCAGGUGGGGACUUGCACACACUCAGGCAGAGGCAGCCAGGGAAGCAUUUUUCGGAGCAGGCCGUGAAAUUUUACGUAGCGGAGGUCCUCCUAGCUUUAGAAUACCUCCACAUGCUUGGUAUUGUGUACCGCGACCUCAAGCCCGAAAACGUCCUCGUCCGUGAGGACGGCCACAUCAUGCUCUCCGACUUUGACCUCUCCCUUCGCUGCACGGUCAGCCCCACUCUCAUCAAAUCUUCAUCUACCCUCGACCCAGACCCAGCCCGCAGGAACCCCGUCUACUGCAUCCAGCCCACCUGCAUCCAGCCCCCCUCAUGCGUAGGCCCCACCACAUGCUUCGGGCCUCGCCUCUUCUCGGGCCGGUCCAAGAAGGACAGGAAGCCAUCCAAGAAUGAGAUAGGGAACCAGGUGAGCCCGCUGCCCGAGCUCAUAGCUGAGCCCACCGAGGCCCGCUCCAUGUCGUUUGUCGGGACCCACGAGUACUUAGCCCCCGAGAUCAUCAAGGGCGAGGGCCACGGCAGCGCGGUCGACUGGUGGACGUUCGGUAUUUUCCUCUACGAGCUGCUGUUCGGGAAGACCCCGUUCAAGGGGUCGGGCAACAGGGCCACGCUGUUCAACGUCGUGGGCCAGCCCUUGCGCUUUCCGGAGUCACCGGUGGUGAGCUUUGCCGCCAGGGAUCUGAUCAGAGGGCUGCUGGUGAAGGAGCCACAGAACAGGCUGGCGUACAAACGGGGAGCGACCGAGAUCAAGCAACACCCUUUCUUCGAGGGUGUGAACUGGGCCCUGAUCCGGUGUGCGAGCCCGCCGGAGGUGCCGAGGCCCGUCGAGAUCGAGAGGGUCCCGGGCCCGGUGGCGGCUCCGCCGCCUGCUGCUGCUAUAGUGAGGGUUGCGCCAGCUGGUGCAAAGGACAAGGGGGAUAAUUAUUUGGAAUUUGAUUUCUUUUAG